AUGGCCACCACACUCAGCCUUCUAAAAUUUCCAAUUGUUGCUCAAAAGAACAAUACUCCAUUUAUCCGCUCAAAACUGCCUCUUCUUUCUAAGUCAUCAAAAUUAGAUGUUUGCAAAAAAGACUUACAUAACCCGCAUAAGCUUUUCACUGAAAAUAUCGAUCAUCUAAGUUCAGCUUCACUUUCACUGACAUCACUCACAUUACCUUUCGUUUUAGACACAAAGGAUGCACUUGCUGUUGGUGGCGAGUUUGGGAUAUUGGAGGGAAGGUCAUUUGCACUUAUCCACCCCAUUGUGAUGGCUAGUUUGUUUUUCUACACUUUGUGGGCUGGAUAUUUGGGAUGGCAAUGGAGGCGUGUUAGGACCAUACAGAAUGAGAUUAAUGAACUUAAAAAGCAAGUGAAACCUACCCCAGUUACUCCUGGAGGCACACCUGUGGAAGCUGCACCAUCUCCUGUUGAACUCAAAAUUCAGCAACUCACCGAGGAGAGGAAGGAGUUGAUAAAAGGGUCUUACAGGGAUCGGCACUACAAUGCAGGAUCAAUAUUGCUAGGAUUUGGAGUAUUUGAAGCGGUUGGUGGAGGACUCAACACAUGGUUGAGGGCAGGAAAGCUAUUCCCUGGACCCCAUUUGUUUGCAGGAGCAGGGAUAACGGUUUUAUGGGCAGCAGCAGCAGCCCUAGUUCCUGCAAUGCAGAAAGGGAAUGAAACUGCCAGGAAUCUUCACAUUGCAUUGAAUACAAUUAAUGUUGUUCUCUUCUUGUGGCAAAUCCCCACAGGAAUUGACAUAGUUUUGAAAGUGUUUGAAUUCACUAAAUGGCCUUGA